CAAUGAUUGGUUCUUCCCAUGAACUGAUGUUAGUGGACCAAUCACAAUUGUCAAUGCAAAACAAUGUUUGGCUCGAUAUUCAACAUGGCCGCGACCUGCGAGUGAAAAAUGGGGACAAUUUACAUUCUUGCGAAAUAUAGUGUCAUACUGCUGUUGCUUACAAAUGUGAGAAUUCAUUGUGAAACACAGGAGGCAGAUGGACAUCACAGUCAGGAGGACACAAGCAACCUAAAUGGACAAAUAAGUAACAAAGUUGAUGAUGAAAGCAUUAAGAACACUCUUACUAAACAUUCGAAAGAAUUUCCUGAUAGUGACGUCUGUGAUAAAGAAAACGAAGAUUGCAAUGCAGGUGCAAGAAGUACAUCUGUAAAAAAGGAAGCAGUUUUAGAGGCUCCACAUGACAAAAAUGAGCCAAAAACUGAGGAUCAGCAAGAGAUUGAUUCAAUUUCUGAAAAACAGCCAGCUGGAAAAGGUAAAGAAUUUGAGAAUGUUUUGCAGGAAAAUGAAGAGAUAACUGAAGGAGCUGAACAAGGUGAAGACAGUUCAAACAAAGAUGAAGAGAGGACGAGAACAAGUAACACAGAAUCAACAGUGACUGAAACUGGAAAAGAUAUUGUAGAUGAAACCUCUGACAACCCUCACACAUUUAAUAAUGAAUUAGUAAAAAACACAUCCACUUCUGAAUCAAAUUCCACUAUUUAUCAAUGGCUCAAAUUCAUAUUAGACCCCUUCAUCGAAGAAUUCAAGGAUGGAAUUUAUCCAAAGUUGUCAGAUAAAACAAAUAAUACAUUGUCUAAUGUUUCAGUUAUUACUGAAAAUGCUACAGUAGAAACAGAAAAAGUGAAUGUGACUGUAACAGAGCCUGUAAAUGUUACUGUAAGUAACACUACAGAUUCUGGUAAAAAAGUGAAGUUUCAGUGUACAGGUAAAAAUGUUACUGACAACGUAAAUGCUACAGUGAAACUCAUUACAACAGCUCAACUUCUUCAACUCUUAAACUUUGAUAAAAACGAUACAGAAAAUGUGACAGACUGUCUGCUUGUGAUGUUUUACGCACCCUGGUGCCACUUCUGUGCAAAGGUGGCGCCACACUACAAUGCAUUAGCUAGGGCAUUCCCACAAUUAGACUUUGUUGCCGUGGAUACAGCUCAAUUUAGCAAUUUGUUGGCAAGAUUUGGCACAGUGUCGGUCCCAAAUAUCCUAGUCUUUCACCAGUCAAGAGCAGCAGUCAAAUUUAACCAGACAGAGAGAACUUUUGUAAACUUUGUUACAUUUGUAACAAACGCAACAGGUCUGGAGGCAAACAGCACAGUUAAUGUAACAGAUGCCGAUUACUUAGGUCCCGUACCAAGCGUGCCGACAGAUGAACCUGAUUAUCUCCUCCUGAUCUCUUGGAUAUUUGUGAUAUUCUGUAGCUCAUGUAUGUUCAUCAAGUCAAACAAGGGACAGCAAUGGAUCAACAGGGUUAGAAUUCUGUGGCAGGAACAUCAGCAUAUUGACUGAGAGGCUCUGUGUCCAGACUGGGCUUCAGAGAGAUAAAACUUAAGAUUGGAGACCUGAAUGCAAGAUUUUCAUUGGUCAAUUUCAAAAGUAAGCUCAGUAACAGCCAAUCAGAUGCUGGUUUUUGUGACUGGUCCUCAGAAGUCAGUUUUAUAAACUUGGAUCUGGUCAAGACUGAUAAAUAGAUGGAAGUGAUAAGGUGUAGUCAUUCAGCACUGUGAUAUGUCUGCUAUGCUAUUUAAAACACCAAAAGACACACACACAUAAAUAUUUGCGUCUGCUAAAAGAAGUUGUUGUAUUUUUGGCGAAAAUCAGUCUCAUUAAUGAAAACUUGAUUCUGUAUCUCAGAAAUUUUAAAGUAUUGAUGUGUAUAAUUUAAAGUAAUUUUUAUACGCCAGAAGGGACGUAUUAUGUUAUGAUGCUGGUGUUCGUCCGUCCGUCUGUCCGUUAGCAAUUUCGUGUCCUAUCAGUUUGUUACGUGUCCGCUCUGUAACUCUUGAACCCCUUCAAGGAUUUCAAAAAGACUUGACACAAAUGUUCACCACACUAAGACGACAUGCAGAGCCCAUGUUCCAGAUGACUUGCUUCAGGUCAAGGUCACACUUAGGGGUCAAAAGUCAUAUCAGUUUGUUUCGUGUCCGCUCUGUAGCUCUUGAACUGCUGGAAGGAUUUCAAAGAAACUUGGCAGAAAUGUUCACCACAUUGUAACGAUAUGCAGAACGCAUGUUCCGGAUGACUCGCUUCAAGGUCAAGGUCACACUUAAGGGUCAAAGGUCAUAUAUGACUGCUUUGUGUAUAUUGCUCUGCAUUGCAGUGCUCUUCUUUUAUUUUGGCAGAUCUCUUUUUUGUACUUACAAUAUUUUUUUUUGAAUUACUUCCCUUUUAUGUUACUAUAAAUAGCUUAUUUUGAAACUUUUUUAUUAUUGGCCGUAGGGAAAAACCGAGACCACUUUUUUGUGGUACAACAUGGAUGGUACCUCCAAUUUUUAGGUGUUUUUUUACAUACCUGUACCUGAUAAGGAUUUUUUUGUAGACUUUGAAUAUUUUUUUUGUGGACUUAGAUUUAUUUUUUGAAGUUUUCCUUUUGUUGUUCCAGUCUUUUGGGGCUACAACAGUCAAGUUCUUAAAAUUUUGCUCCCAUCCUAUGAUGUAAGCCUUCGGGCGUAUAUUGCCCCCCUUGUUAAAGGUCUCUUUUUAAUACUCUCCAAGAAGCUCAGUUGUUGGUGGCUUUAAUCUAUCAAGGUCCAUGUUCAGCAAAUGUUAAAUGGUUGCACAUGUUUCUAAAGAGCAAGUGGUUAAUUAUGUCUCCCACCACACAGUGGUGUGGGAGACAUAUUGAUUUACUCCAGUCUGUGUGUGUGUCUGUCUGUCACAAAGCUUGUCCGCACUCUAAGUCAAACAUUUCUCAUCCGAUUGUCACCAAACUUGAACAAAAUGUGUCUGACCAUAAGACCUUGGCCAAGUUCAAUAACUAGCCAAAUCGGCCCAGGCACUCCGGAAUUAUGGCCCUUGAAUCACCGAAAAAUCCUCGGGGCGCAUGCGCUUUCGUGCACCCAUACCGUACCCUAUACUACUUUUAUUAGUAGUAUAGGGUACUUUUAGGUGCAAGAAAGCGCAUGCACAAGUAGUAUAGGGUACAUUUUGGGUCCAAGAAAGCGCAGACUGACUUACUAUUUAGAUGAUUAGGCAGUUGUGGCAGACAUGUGCUUUUCUCAAAAGCAUCUCUAGUUACUUUUGGAGAAGUAGUUUUUGCUUUUUCCAUAUGCAGAAACACAUUAACUCUUAUCAUGCUGGACACGAUUGAUUCUGCCUUUGCGACCAGUGUAGAUCAUGAUCAGCCUGCACAUCUGUGCAUGGUAAGAGAAAUCCAUCUAGGUUAUACAUUUAUGCUCUGUGACUGUAUAUUAUUGUCAUUGCAUAGUAUUUUGAUCUUGUAUUUGAGUUUUAGAAUAUGAAUCUUGAUUUAAAAUCAUGUAUUGAAAAGCACUGUCAGUGUGAAUGAAAAUAUUUGAUAUUUUAUUAAAUUCUAUUAUUUUAAUUAUUCAGUGAUACUUUUAUGACUUAUAGUGACAAUAACACAGGUACUAAACAGUGCCUGCGGUAGCACCUAUGCCGACGAGGAAUGAAGGCACUUUGCUUCCGGUACCACAGGUACUUCGCCAAUGUUUACAAAUCAAGCGAGAUCAGUGAGUGAUUUUUAUACGCCCGAAGGGACGUAUUAUGUUAUGACGCUGGUGUCCGUCCGUCUGUCCGUCCGUCAGCAAUUUCGUGUCCGCUCUGUAGCUCUUGAACCCCUUGAAGGAUUUCAAGGAAACUUGACACAAAUGUUCACCACACCGAGACGAUGUGCAGAGCGCAUGUUUUGGAUGUCUCGCUUCAAGGUCAAGGUCACAAUUAGGGAGUCAAAUGUCAUAUCAGUUUGUUUCGUGUCCGCUCUGUAACCCUUGAACCCCUUGAAGGAUUUCAAAGAAACUUGACACAAAUGUUCACCACACCAAGACAACGUGCAGAGCACAUGUUCCGGACGACUCGCUUCAAGGUCAAGGUCACACUUAGGGGUCAAAAGUCAUAUCAGUUUGUUUCGUGUCCGCUCUGUAACUCUUGAACGGCUGGAAGGAUUUCAAAGAAACUUGGCAGAAAUGUUCACCACACUGAGACGAUGUGCAGAGUGCAUGUUCCGGAUGACUUGCUUCAAUGUCAAGGUCACACUUAAGGGUCAAAGGUCAUAUAUGACUUUACUUGGUGUAUAUUGCUCUGCAUUGCAGUGCUGUUUUUUUUAUUUGGCAGAUCUCUUUUUUUGUUCACUUACAAUAAUUUUUUUAUGCCUCCAAAGGGAGGCAUAUUAGUUUUCAACUUUCCAUUCGUUCGUUAGUCACAAUGUUAACUUUUUGCAUGAAGGCACUUUACUCGUGAACCACUGCACCCAGGACCUUCAAACUUCACAUGCUGAUAGUACUCAUUGAGUACACGACCCCUACUGACUUUGGGGUCACCAGGUCAAAGGUCAAGGUCACAGGGACCAAUGUUAACUUUUUGCAUGAAGGCUUUUUACUCACCAACCACUGCACCCAGGACCUUCAAACUUCACCUGAUGAUAGUACUUAUUGAGUACACGACCCCUACUGAUUUUGGGGUCAUCAGGUCAAAGGUCGAGGACACAGGGGCCAACGUUAACUUUAUGCAUGAAGGCACUUUACUCGUGAACCACUGCACCCAGGACCUUCAAACUUCACCUGAUGAUAGUACUUAUUGAUUACACGACCCCUACUGACUUUGGGGGUCAAGGUCACAGGGGUCAACGUUAACUUUUUGCAUGAAGGCACAUUACUCGCGAACCACUGCACCCAGGACCUUCAAACUUCACAUGCUGAUAGUACUCAUUGAGUACACGACCCCUACUGACUUUGGGGUCAAAGGUCAAGGUCAUAGGGGCCAACGUUAACUUUAUGCAUGAAGGCACUUUACUCGCGAACCACUGCACCCAGGACCUUUAAACUUCACAUGCUGAUAGUACUCAUUGAGUACACGACCCCUACUGUCUUUGGAGUCACCAGGUCAAAGGUCAAGGUCACGGGCCAAUGUUAAUUUUUUGCAUGAAGGCACUUUACUCGCGAACCACUGCACCCAGGACCUUCAAACUUCACCUGCUGAUAGUACUCAUUGAAUACACGCCCCCUACUGACUUUGGGGUCACCAGGUCAAAGGUCAAGGUCACAAGAGCCAAUGUUAACUUUUUGCAUGAAGGCACUUUACUCGCGAACCACUGCACCCAGGACCUUCAAAUUUCACUUGCUGAUAGUACUCAUUCAGUACACGACUCCUACUGACUUUGGGGUCACCAGGUCAAAGGUCAAGGUCACAGGGACCAAUGUUAACUUUUUGCAUGAAGGCACUUUACACGCGAACCACUGCACCCAGGACCUUCAAACUUCACAUGCUGAUAGUACUUAUUGAGUACACAACCCCUACUGACUUUGGGGUCACCAGGUCAAAGGUCAAGGUCACCAGGUCAAAGGUCAAGGCACUGCGAGGGCAUUUGUCACCAUUAGUGACAGCUCUUGUUUUGAAUUACUUCCCUUUUAUUAACCAGGUUUUCAACGAAAGAGUUAUUAGAUUGGGGUAUGUCGGGCGGGCGGAUGGGCGGCGUCAAACUGGUGUUUCCGAUCAAUAACUUUUUUUCGGUAAAGAUAUUUGAAUAAAACUUGGUAUGUAUGUAGCUUAUAUCAAGACAAAGGCUGGGAUUGAUUUUUGGGUUUCUGGGGUCAAGGUCAAGGUCACUGUUACUUAAAAUAGAAAAAGGGUUUCCGGUCAAUAACUUAACUUAGGAAUGAGCUAUCAUGAUGAAACUUGGUGUUAGAAAACUUAUAUAAAGUUGUAGCUUGGGAUUGAUUUUGGGGUUUCUGAAAUCAAGGUCAAGGUCAUUGUUACUAAAAAUAGGGUUAGGUUAGGGUUAGGGUUAGGGUUGUGCUUUAAAGUGGUGCACUGUGAUUCAGUAUACUUUUUUAUUCUUAUGAAAAGUGUUCAAGGUCAUUGUUACUAAAAAUAGGGUUAGGGUUAGGUUAGGUUAGGGUUAGGGUUAGGGUUGUGCUUUAAAGUGGUGCACUGUGAUUCAGUAUACUUUUUUAUUCUUAUGAAAAGUGUUGAAAACCUGGUUUCGUGGCAUUGCCGCGUUUCUUGUGUUACUAUAAAUAGCUUAUUUUGAAACUUUUUUAUUAUUGGCCGUAGGGAAAAACCGAGACCACUUUUCUGUGGUACAACAUGGAUGGUACCUCUAAUUUUUAGGUGUAUUUUUACAAACCUGUACCUGAUAAGGAUUUUUUAUGCCCCCGAAGGGAGGCAUAUAGUUUUUGAACCGUCUGUCCGUCUGUCAGUCUGUCCGCAAUUUUCGUGUCCGGUCUAUAUCUUUGUCAUCGAUGGAUGGAUUUUCAAAUAACUUGGCAUGAAUAUGUACCACAGUAAGACGACGUGUCGCGCGCAAGACCCAGGUCCGUAGCUCAAAGGUCAAGGUCACACUUAGACAUUAAAGGAUAGUGCAUUGAUGGGCGUAUCCGGUCCAUAUCUUUGUCAUCCAUGGAUGGAUUUUCAAAUAACUUAGCAUGAAUGUGUACCACAGUAAGACGACGUGUCGCGUGCAAGACCCAGGUCCGUAGCUCAAAGGUCAAGGUCACACUUAGACUUUAAAGUAUAGUGCAUUGAUGGGCGUGUCCGGUCCAUAUCUUUGUCAUCGAUGGAUGGAUUUUCAAAUAACUUGGCAUGAAUGUCUACCACAGUAAGACGACGUGUCGUGCGCAAGACCCAGGUCCGUAGAUCAAAGGUCAAGGUCGCACUUAGACGUUAAAGGAUAGUGCAUUGAUGGGCGUGUCCGGUCCAUAUCUUUGUCAUCGAUGGAUGGAUUUUCAAAUAACUUGGCAUGAAUGUGUACCACAGUAAGACGACGUGUCGUGCGCAAGACCCAGGUCCGUAGCUCAAAGGUCAAGGUCACACUUAGACGUUAAAGGUCAUUUUUCAUGAUAGUGCAUUGAUGGGUGUAUCCGGUCCAUAUCUUUGUCAUUCAUGCAUGGAUUUUAAAAUAACUACGCAUGAAUGUGUGACACAGUAAGACGACGUGUCGCGCGCAAGACCCAGCUCCGUAGGUCAAAGGUUCUAAACUCUAACAUCGGCCAUAACUAUUCAUUCAAAGUGCCAUCGGGGGCAUGUGUCAUCCUAUGGAGACAGCUCUUGUUUUUUGUGGACUUUGAAUAUUUUUUUUGUGGACUUAGAUUUGUUUUUUGAAGUUUUCCUUUUGUUGUUCUACUUCUUUGGGCUACAACAGUGAAGUUCUUUAAAUUUUGCUCCCAUCCUAUGAUGUAAUCCUUUGGGCGUAUAUUGCCCCGCUUGGCGGAGCUCUUGUUGUCAUUUUGUUACUGCAUGUAGCAGUUUUCCAAAGAGCGGGGAAUGGAUGUAUCUUAUGUACAUAUCCAUGCUAAAUUUUGUGGCAAAUGAUCCAUUUCCUAGAAUGCAAGGACAAAUAAGUUAAGAAUGAAACGUGAAUUUUUUCACAUCAGUGAUUGUUUAGACUCGUUUCUUUUCACUGACCCAAACCAUAUCGUCUCUGCCGUUGUAAAUUAUAUUUAUAAAUGACAAUGUGAUCUGCCAAAACAUAAAAUGUGUCCAGAAAUUUCCGAAUUUGAACGUAAUGCCAAUUUUGGAAAAAUGCCGCAGGCAUUUCAACGAUGCCGCAGCCCCUUCAAGGUGCCACAGGCACUUCUAAAAGUACCGGGGCAUAAAUUUGGCCCACAACUAGACAGACAAAUGGAAGAACAAAGAAACAGAAUGGCAAAAACUAAAUGCCCUCAUGAUACUGUAAUAAUUUGACUUUAUAGUAUUGUAAAAUAAAAGGGACCAAACCUUUCUUACGCUUUAAAUAUCCAUCCAUUAUGGUGGCAUAUUUCUGCCACGAGAUAGGUAGGUAACUCACGAUACUUCAAGAAAUUAUCGUGAUAAAGCGAAGUUUUCUAACAAGAGUCUCAAUAGUCAAAAGUUUCCUGUAAAUAUUAUUGUGAUGAUUUAUAUUAUAAUCUCGAUACUAUUUGUGUAAGUGCCCGUUGUGGACAGCUGCCAUUUACUAGCAAGACAGUUAUUUCGAAAUGAAGUCAGCAACUAUCUUGAUAGUUCGAAAUUUUCUGUAGACAUUUUAAUAGCCUAACGUUUCCUGGAAAUAUGAAGCAUAUCUACAAAAAAUAGUUUAUUGUGAAAAUGUUUUCAGAAAAAUGGAGAACUUAGAAAGUAUAGCUCAUAAACGAUCAAAUAGGAGGAUUUUAAUAAUUCUUAUAUGUAUGUAAAAACCUAUAUUUUUUUGGCAAACAAAGCUUUGAAAAAAAAAAAACAUAUCGAGCAGCAUAGAACGGACAGAAAAUGCAAUUUUCAAAAGCAUAAUGUUUGGGAAAUACAAUUUGCUUCAAUUGACCAGAACAGUCGUGUACUAGAGUUUAAGAUAGAUAAACCGAUUGCUAAACUAUUUGAUCUUUGUGAAUAUAAAAUAUAACCGUACGAAUGUAAGUUAUUGGGGAUUUGGUUAGUUAUGGGCCAAACAUAUGUCCUGAUACUUUUAGAAGUGCCUGCGGCACCUCGAAGCGGCUGCGGCAUCGUCGAAAUGCCUGCGGCACUUUUCCAAAAUUGUAAUAACAUUCAAAUUUGGAAUUUUCUUGACACAUUUUAUGUUUUAGCAGAUCACAUGUCAUUUAUAAAUAUAAUUUACGAUGGCAGAGACGACAUUGUUUGGGUCAGCGAAAAGAAAUGAGUCUAAACAGUCGCUGAUGUGAAAAAAUUCACGUUUCAUUCUUAACUUAUUUGUCCUUGCGUUUCUAGGAAAUUGAUCAUUUGCCACAAAAUUUAACAUGGAUAUGUACAUAAGAUACAUCUACACCCCGCUACAUUCCCCGAUUUUUGAAAAAAUGCUCCAUGCAGUAACAAAAUGACAAAAAUCACUCACCGAUCUCGCUUGUUUUGUAAACAUUGGCGAAGUACCUGCAGUACUGGGAACGAAGUGCCUUCAUUCCUCGUCGGCACAGGCUGUACUGCAGGCACUGUUUAGUACCCGUGAAUAAUGAAUACUAUAUUUUAUGAGGUAACAUCUGUUUAAUGUGGAAAUGAUAAUAUGAUGUAGUCAGAUUUAAAAGUGCAAUACACUAUGUUUUAUUGUUACUAAUCAGGAAACUAUCUUUCAGAGGAAACAAAUAAACAACUGAAUUUCA